GCUGACUCUCUUUUCAGAUGGACGUGCCAGAUAUCGAACGACGAGUCGAAGAGAGACGUACAAAUCAAUCAAUCAAGGAACGAGUUGUUCGAUGUAGAAAAAUGUGUAAAUAUUGAGAAAACUCGAUCUAACGAAGGAUGCGCAUCAUCACAACAUCUUGAUGAUUUUGAUGAGAGAAUAGAAAGAAACAAUUCGACGGAUUCUCCUCCGAACAACUCUGAACAAAUACAGAAGCCUGGAGAAAAGAAACGCACAGUAGAUCAAGGAUGUAUGAAACAGUCGGAACAACAUGUUGAAUUAACUCCCUCAAAGGUGACGGAGAAGAACAGAUGCACCCCUCACAAAUGUGAAGAAUGCGGGAAAAUUUUGUCCACGUCAUACAAUCUGUUAAUUCACCAUAAUAUUCAUACCGGUGUGCGACCCUACAACUGUCGCACCUGCGACAAAAGCUUCCGAUCAGCGUCUGGUUUGAACAGGCACGUGCGCAAUGUCCACGAUGGUAUUAGGAAUUUUAUCUGCGAUAUUUGCGGUCGUCGUCUUGCUUCGAAAGCGUCGAGAGACGAACACAGACGCACUCAUUCCGGCGAGAGGCCUCAUGUAUGCGAGACCUGCGGUAAGUCUUUCAAGCAGAAGGCAUCUCUGCACGUGCAUCGACUCUACCAUUCCCAGAUCUUGCCGCAUCGUUGCGACCUAUGCAACCGCGGUUUCAGACGGAAACAGGAGCUGAACAGCCACGCGUCCUGGCACUCCGAUCGAAAGCCGUAUGCCUGCGAAAUUUGCAACGAGCGUUUCCGCAGCAAAGGCUGUGUCGCUCGUCAUCGGCGCAUUCAUACCGAUCAGCGAUCGCACAUUUGCACGAUUUGCGGCGCCAGGUUUACUCAGGAGCGAUAUCUGAAGAGACACUGUGGCAGUUUGCACACAGCCAAUACGUGAAACACAUAGUUUGAUAUUGUUUCUGGAUGUAUCCGGUUGAACAGAGGGAUGAAACAUUGUGCCAUGAAUAAGUACAUUGAUUGUACAUUGUACAUUGAUAGCAUGCAUCGCUAUAUUGUCGAUACUUGAAGUAUC